UUGCCUCUCGAAGGCUAGUAAAAUAUUUUUGUUUUUAUGAGACGAUAGAAGAUUGUGUCUUACGACAGAAAUGUCAUAUAAUUUGAGGGAGUCGUUAAAGUCUGAUUUUAUCUUUUAAAUCGAAUACUGUUCUAGUUGAUGGUGCUGACGCGCAGUUUGAGUCGAAUAAUACAGUGCAGUAUAGCUAAAGUACGUACCCGUAGCUAUCUGAAGGCAACCAUUGGACUUGUCCCUUUACGGAGGAAUAGGUUAGCUAACGUUAGCAGCUACGUGUAACCCAGAAACAUUUUGUUUCGAUUUCUUGUUUGUUGUCAUUCGAGGCAAACCGAAGAGAACGGGUGCAAACUUGAUCUACGCGGAUUUUUCCCUUUUCAUCAAAGUGUUGUCAGAUCUUUUUUACGAAGAAAAAAGAUUGAAUGACCUGGAGCUUGCAGGCCAGCACAGUGGUAAUGAGUGGAGAAGUACAUAACAGUUGGCUAGCCUAGAGGCAGAUAUGCUUCCAACAGGCCCAUAAUGAACCGUGACACCUUCUCCCACAUCCGGCUGUGGUGCCCACGCCCCUUUGGCACCUACUCUCAGAACAAGCCAUACAGCGCGGGAGCAGUUGGCAGCGGGACGACACCUUCCCUCUGCAAGGCUGAUGCUGCUGGGCGUACAUCCUUGGAGGCAGGAGGAACCAAUAAAGAGCCAGAGGAUGAUGUUGGCACUGAGAACACCCCACCAGCAUCAGCCUCCACUUUACUGGCGCCACCACCUCCUGCACCUCCCUCACCUAGUUCUCAGAUAGAAGAUGGGAGGGUACUGCUUGAUACAUGGUAUGUGAUCAAACCAGGCAACACCAAGGAGAAGAUUGCCUUCUUUGUGGCCCACCAGUAUAGUGGGGCAGGAAUUCCACGUCCGAGUGCCAUGAAGGUGAAGGGGAACUGGGCCACUGAUUGCACCAAGGCGAAGCGACGUCGCCGGUGUUCCUCUUACGAUCCUCCCACGAGAUCCCAAAACGUUGCCACAGAACUACCUGUAGAGACCAACUCACCCGAUGAUAGGGUAAAUGAGACUGAUUUGCUCUCAGUGGCAGAGAUGGUGGCUCUGGUGGAGCAACGCACAGCCAUGGCCUUGCAAGGCAUGGUAGCUCAAGGACAGACAGCUCUUGGUCACACUCAGCAUACUGUCCUCCAGGGUUCUGUCUCAGACCCUAACUCUGCUGUAUUCCUAUCCGAACCAACUGUUCCUCUACCAGCCUCCAACAGUGACCUUGAACAACAACAGCAGCAGCAGCAGGAAUCCCGGCGAGUCGCUCAAGCUGUAGCUCACUUUGAGUCGCAGCAGCAGCAUCUGGAGAAUGGAAUAUUGCGCCCUGAACUUCAUGGUUCUGGUAGAGAACGGGAGCGUUCCGGAGAGACUGGGAGCAGUGGUCAAAGCCAUGGGCGAGGCGAAGUGAGGAUUGCUUUUCGGGUGUCGAGUCUUGACCCUCGUUCGCAGUCUGAGCCUGUAAGUCGGCCCAGGUGCAUGUUUAUGAGUUGUGGGUCGGGAGGAGGUCAGGCAGGCGCCAGAGCCAAAGAGAAGAUCACUUGCGAUCUCUACCAGCUGGUUAGCCCCUCAUCUCGAGACCCAGGCCUUUUGUUGGCGGGUUCACCAAAGACUGACCCUCAUGGGGAAAGUAUCACCGACCGGCCUUCCUCCACAACUCCAGAUACCAACCAAGAUUUUGGCCAAGGGGAGAAGAAGGCAGUGGCUCGAGAGCGGGUAACUGGUUUUCAUGUUGAGGUUGUUGUUACAGGAGCUGUGGAUCAGUGUGUCUUCUAUGGUAAGGACAGCACAGAGAAUGUCCAGGAAGAGACUGUAUGUCUUGCUAUGCCUGGUGGGGGAAGCCAGGCUGAUGUUGCAGAGGACCCCCCACCUGGCCAGUUGUUUUUUCUGCAGCCCCCAUCUACAGAAGAGGAAGGCGGCAGUGCUGUCAACAAUGGAAUGUGCUCUUUGGACUGUGCUAACAACAACGGGCCAGUUAGCGGUGGAACUGAGCGACCAGAAUCACCCUUACCUAGCAUGGAUGAUGGCACAGACUCAUCCCUGUGCCGCCUCUACCGUCAUGUUUCUCAUGAUUUCCUGGAAAUCCGUUUCCAGAUCCAGCGCCUUCUGGAGCCACGGCAGUACAUGCUUCUUCUACCAGACCACAUCAUGGUCAACAUCUUCAGCUAUUUGCCCACGCGCUCUUUAGCAGCCCUGAAGUGCACCUGCCAUAACUUCAAGGCCCUGAUUGAGACCUAUGGCGUGCGCGCUACAGACUCUCGCUGGAACCAGGACCCAUUGUACCGCGACGACCCCUGCAAGCAGUGCAAGCGGCAGUACGAACGCGGGGAUGUUUCGCUCUGCCGUUGGCACCCCAAACCUUACCACCACGACCUGCCUUAUGGACGCUCCUACUGGAUGUGUUGCCGGCGUACAGAUAAGGACACACCUGGUUGCCGGGUGGGGCUGCAUGACAACAACUGGGUACAGCCCUGUGAGAUUGUUCAGGCCCGCACCAAGAGAGACGAUGGGAGGUAAAAGGUGGAGUGGGGAUUGCCCGAUUUUGCUCCUUUUCUUACUCUGCCAAUAUUUCAUGCCACUGUAAUAUUUAUAGUUGAGCUCUCCUCCCUCAUCUUAGCUCUUUGAUCUUGCUAUCAUGUCAAUAUCAGUUGUUAGCAGUGCACCAUGCUCAGUUCACUCUCCCAUAACAUGCAGACCAAUGCUCUCAGUAUGGAAACUGAUGCUAGAGAAAUAGGAUCACGUCUGCUGCAUGGGAUUAGAUUUUUUGCAUAUACUUGUGAAAUGGUUAGAAAAGUGUUAUGGCUUGGCAAUCUUUUCCUAAAACCAGCUCUGCAAAUGAACCCCAACCUUGCGAAAACUGGAGGCUUGGCACUGAGGAAUUACUGUGUUUUUGUUAAAGAUGGAGAAAUAUAAUGAAGUGAUUGUUGAAAGUUUCUCUGCAAGAAACUGACACUGGGGUAGAAAGAGCAACAUGAUGUCACUUUGCAAAUACCUGAUGUCACUUUGUAAACAAAGCUGUACUGCUUGUUAGAUUUUUAUUUUAUGUGUGUGUGGGUGAUUUAUUAUUUUUUGUUUGUUUGUUUUGUUCCUUUUUCCCUUGAUUUUUGAAGUCCAUGUUCUGACCCUCAUGAAAUUUUCUGUUCUUUUUCCCUCCGAAUGUGUUUUAUUUGUUGUCCAAAAGUUUUCCCUGCCUCAGCCUGUACCUGCCUCAAUCUGUCUGCUUGCUGGCAGAGGGCAGUCUUUGCCAAAGCAGCAAUUAUCUUCAUGUGGGUUAAAUAACAACAGAGACCAUUGAAAACUCCAGUUUCCAGCCUUAACCCCAUUCUGCUCACACCAUCAAUCUGCAAAACCUAAAAGUGUAAUAAGGACACUGAUACUGAUCUUUCUGCUUUGGGAGACCGUUGUAGGUUUCACAGUGUCAGAUGCUAAUGGGAAU